AGAGGAAUAAAAUUAACUAAAAUCUUGAAAAAGCCGAGAAGCGAGGGAGCCUGUGCCUUCUUUCUUUCUUUCUUCUACACUCUGUUAAGCAUCUUAACUUGCUUUUUUCCUCUCUUGUCAGUUCCAUUCUUUACCUUCCUUGUUAAAGCUACUGCUGAUUUCUUUACCUUAGCUCUCACUUUUUUUUUUUCUUCUUCAGUUCUUCUUCUUCUUGCUUUGCUGGAUUCUAUGCUCUCUCCUAUUUCCUUGCCACUGAAAUGAGCUGCUGAGAUUUUAGCUUAUUCUUCAUUCAUUCACCAUUCUGCAAUUUGAUCAUUUCUCCAGAAAGUAGUUUUCCUUUCCAUCAUUUUAUUUUUCUUUUCUUCUUCUCUUUUCCCAAGAGCUGAAAUUCCUCCACCGCUUGCUUCUUCAGACCUCAAAAUUCCCGUCUUUCUUGACUUUCCAUGUUCAUGAUUUCGACUUUCCUCGCCCCCAGCUUUUGGUGUAAUGGUUUAGGUUUUCUCUUCUGAUUCAUUGUGUUGUUACUUCUUGGUAACGAUCAAGAAAGGUCACAACUUUUAAUUUGUUUGGCUUUGGGUGAUUGAGUUUUGGCGCAAUUUGUGUUUCUGAUUCAAUGGGGAUUUGUCAUGGGAAACCAUUUGAACCUCCCCAGAACUUCUCUGGAGACUCAAUAAUCCCCAGUGAGAAUGAGCAUGCAUUGAGUCACCAUACUGGGAAAACUCCAAGGUUCCCCUUUUACAGCCCUAGUCCGUUGUUCAGUGCAUUCAAGAAUUCACCUGCCAAUUCCAGUGUGAAUUCAACCCCCCUGCGAUUCUUCAAGAGGCCAUUUCCUCCACCUUCACCAGCAAAGCAUUUGCGGGCAUUGCUUGCUAGGAGGCACGGCUCAGUGAAGCCUAAUGAGGCCACUAUCCCAGAAGGAAGUGAGUUUGAUAUUGGAUUGGAUAAGAAUUUUGGGUUUUCCAAGAAUUUUGCAAGCCACUAUGAGCUUGGGGAAGAAGUGGGGAGGGGACAUUUUGGGUAUACUUGUUCUGCUAAGGGAAAGAAAGGGAGCUUGAAGGGUCAGGAUGUCGCAGUCAAAGUCAUCCCAAAAUCAAAGAUGACUACAGCUAUUGCCAUUGAAGACGUAAGAAGAGAGGUUAACAUACUGCGUGCUUUAACUGGGCAUAGAAACCUUGUGCAUUUUUAUGAUGCAUAUGAAGAUGAGGACAAUGUUUAUGUAGUAAUGGAAUUAUGUAAAGGAGGAGAAUUACUUGACAGGAUACUUUCGAGGGGUGGAAAAUACUCUGAACAAGAUGCUAAAGCUGUUAUGGCACAAAUUUUAAGUGUUGUCUCAUACUGUCAUCUUCAGGGAGUGGUUCACCGUGAUCUAAAGCCUGAGAAUUUUCUAUUUUCAUCAAAGGAUGAGCGUUCUCCUCUGAAGGCCAUUGACUUUGGACUUUCUGAUUAUGUAAAACCAGAUGAAAGGCUAAAUGAUAUUGUUGGAAGUGCAUAUUAUGUAGCCCCUGAAGUUUUGCAUAGAUCAUAUGGAACAGAAGCUGACAUGUGGAGUAUAGGUGUCAUUGCUUAUAUUAUUCUCAGUGGAAGCAGACCUUUCUGGGCACGGACGGAAUCUGGAAUCUUUCGGGCUGUUCUCAAGAUUGAUCCAAGCUUUGAUGAAGCCCCUUGGACCACUUUGUCUUCUGAUGCAGUAGACUUCGUAAAGAGAUUGCUGAACAAGGAUUACCGCAAGAGGCUAACUGCAGCUCAGGCUCUAAGUCAUCCUUGGCUGGCUGGUCAUCAUGAUGUCAAGAUACCUCUGGAUCUGAUAAUAUACAAGCUUGUAAAAGUUUACAUAUAUUCCUCGUCUCUAAGAAAAGCAGCGCUGAGGGCCCUGGCGAAGACAUUGACCAUACCACAAUUAGCUUACCUCAAGGAGCAAUUCACGUUAUUAGGGCCAAGCAAAAAUGGGAAUAUAUCUCUACAAAACUUUAAAAUGGCUGUGACUAAGAACUCAACUGACGCAAUGAAGGAUUCUAGGGUCUUGGAAUUUGUUAGCACGGUGAGUUCUCUCCAAUAUAGGAAGUUGGAUUUCGAGGAAUUCUGUGCUGCAGCAAUAAGUGUUCAUCAGCUAGAAGGAAUGGAAAGCUGGGAACAGCAUGCUCGACGGGGCUAUGAGUUUUUUGAAAAAGACGGGAACAGACCUAUUAUGAUAGAAGAACUUGCCUCAGAGCUCGGACUUAGUCCUUCGGUUCCAGUUCAUGUAGUUCUGCAGGACUGGAUAAGACAUUCUGACGGAAAGCUCAGCUUCUUGGGGUUUGUCAGGCUUCUGCACGGUCUCUCAGCCCGAGCCCUCCAAAAGGCUUGAUCAUCCUGCUCGACUAAAUGAAAUGCAUCCAUCUUUGAACUAAUCCAUGUCAGAGAUAGAGUUCUUCGUGUCCAACGGGGGAGCCUACGCCACGCCUUUACUAUUGACAGGGCUGGUCAAGGAUAUGAUCAAGCUACAGCUUAAUUCGAUCAUUCAAAGCCAUUUGCAGCAUAUUCAGUUGUGAGCAUGCAUCUCUGGGUUUCUCAGAAAUUUUUAUUUUUCUUGCAUAUUAUCUGGUGCCAUCAGAUGUAGAGGAUUGUACAGAGGAAGGGUAGGUUAAAAAGUGUAUGUAGAUGAUUUAAGCUCAGCACUGCACUGAAAUUAAAUGAGUUUCUGUGGCUUUGGAUGUA